GACAGUUAUUAAUCACGUGAUCAAGAAGAUUAAAAAUGUCUUCUCAUUCAGAGGCCCAGUGCUACCCUCUCCUGCACAGUAAUGGCUCCUGGGAUGGAGUCUGUAACAACGCGCGAGCUACCAACUACCUCGUCUCAGACUAUCAGGACCUCCUAAAUAACACUGGAGAUGGCGGGGCCGUCUUUUACCUUCCUAACAUUGAGCUUGAUGCUUCUGAUCAAAGGACGGAACACGUUCAUUUUCAGAACAGCGCCGGGCUGCUCCUGGUCCUUAUCCUUCUCUCCCUCACUAUCCUUACUAUAUGGGUCUUUAAAGUCAAGAGGUUUCGGGUUAUGCAUGAAACUGGACUAUCUAUUUUGUACGGUAUUAUAAUUGGUGUCGUUAUUCAUUAUGGGUUCCCUUCAACUCCUCAGGAUGAGUUUUAUCUAGCAGAGAAAGAGUGUGAGAGCUCAGGGACAGUGAGGACCUUUGAAAUAGGAGACACAGUGACACUACAGACCCAAGGAGGGGACGGGUUCCGGUGCUCUAUUAAUAGUAAAGUGUUCAGAACUAGAGAAGGAGACAGGAUUGAAGAAGCAUUAUUAUUCGAUCCAGAGUUAUUCUUUUUUCUUUUACUUCCUCCAAUUAUAUUUUAUGCUGGAUACAGCCUUCAAAAGAGACACUUCUUCAGGAACAUUGGUUCAUUGUUGAUGUAUGCUUUUGCUGGUACUGCAAUAUCAUGCUUUGUUGUCGGUGCUAUGAUGUAUGGUUGGGUACUCAGUACAAUAGACAACAGAUUAUCUGAUGCUUUUGCUACUCGUAAUAUUUCAGUCCCUGGGGCUCCUGAAGCUUUUGGAGACAACAUCAUUCCUUCCUUACUGUUUGGGUCAUUGAUAUCAGCUACUGAUCCAGUGACUGUACUGGCAAUAUUUCAUGACCUUCAUGUUGAUGUUGAUUUGUACUCAUUGGUCUUUGGGGAGAGUGUCAUGAAUGAUGCAGUGGCCAUUGUACUCUACAGGUCAGUUGAUGAGUAUGAUGGUGAUGAAACAGGUUUCAGUGUAGCUGGUCUAUUCAAGUCCUUUGGUUCAUUCAUUGGAGUAUUCUUGGGAUCAUUUCUACUAGGAACUGCCAUUGGACUCAUAACAGCACUGAUGAUGAAGUUCUCCAGGCUGCGUAACUACCCACUGCUAGAGACCUCAAUGUUCAUACUAAUGUCCUACUCUUCCUUUGUCAUUGCUGAACUAGCUAGUCUCACUGGUAUUGUUGCUAUACUGUUCUGUGGUAUCACCCAGUCCUACUACACCUACAUCAACAUGAGUCAGGAGUCACGACGGAGGACCAAAGAAGUCUUUGAACUAAUCAACUUUCUAUCGGAAAACUUUGUCUUUUCCUACAUGGGACUCUCUUUAUUCACCUUUGCUAAUCACCAGUGGGUCCCUGGGUUUAUCAUCUUUUCCUUUGUGGCUAUUUUCACUGGACGUGUCAUCAAUAUAUAUGUCCUCUCAUUCCUCCUUAAUCUCGGACGAUCAAAGAAGAUCAGUUUUAGGUUUCAACACAUGUUAGUAUUUGCAGGUCUAAGAGGUGCUAUUGCGUUUGCUCUUGCAAUACGUAACACAGAGACUGAGGAGAGACAGCUAAUGUUCACCACUACACUGGUCAUUGUACUAAUCACAGUACUGAUCUGUGGAGGGUUCACUACACUAGCACUACAGUGCCUUAGAAUCAGAGUUGGUGUUGAUGAUGAUGAUGAUAGUCUUAAUCCUGACGGUCAGGAGAUACCCUAUGACUCCACUCAAGGGAAUCUGUUAAUAUCAAAGUUUUCAGUUCUUGACAAAAAGUAAAUUACAUGUACACUGUACAUCACUUGUAGGAGGUACUUUGUUUGAAAUUCUG